AAUCAACAGCUUAAUUAACCUCUGAAAUGUACGUGAUCGUGAGAGAAACCAUUGGUUCGGAUAAAGAUCGUAUUCGACAUCAGAGCGUCUCUGCCGUGCGCCACACUGUGCCAGCGAAUCAUACCCGUAAGUCGAGUCAAGGAAGCUCCCUUCAAAAGGCGCAUGUAUCACAAUCGCAACAGUGAAAACACCAUUCAAACUAGACAACAAGAAGGGAACAAGGAUGGAAAGAAUAUCAAUCGCCCCCCGAUCCCUGCUUUAUAAGCUUGUGUGAAAGGUCCAUUGUUUCAACUUUUUAGUAAUCGCUCGUGCUGUAGUAUCUUUUGCCGCUGUCAACCCGUCGCUGUGUGUAGGAACACCUAAACUCCACCUUAAAAUCAAUCAAAACCAAUCAAAAGAAUAUUGAUAUUUCACUCAAUAAGCAUCUUUAUACUUCCCGAAAGAGAGUCAAAUGGUACGCUCCGUCCAACCUAUGUCCACCCCUACAUCUUUAUGUACAUACAUACUCAUUCCACCACCCCAUAAGCUCGGGAGUCUCCCAUUUCUCCAUGGAAAUUCAUACAGCGUGAGAUAGGUACUUAUGUUUUAUUCAAUUUACAGUCUUAGAGUUCCCCUUAAGGAUACUCAGCCAUCUACUCAGCACCACACAUUAUAAAUGACUGAUACCCUCUGCGAGUUUCUCACCCAAAACUCACCAUUUUUUCACCCACGAAUUGGCCACUACAGCAGUCGUUUUUUACGUAGAAGAUUUUUUCCACCGGGGGUCCCUGACAGGUGCCUUCCCCGUAGCUAGCCCGUCUACACACCCCUCAAGAGAUCCCUCAGGACGUUGAACCACAUAAAUCAAAUCACAAUUGAAUCAAAUCCCAUCAAAAUUCUUCUACUACUAUCUCACCUAUCAACGACCAGACAGCCCCUCAGAAAACUUCUAUUCUUCUAUUCAGAGUUAUGCCCGUCCAACGCCAUCUCCUCCACCUACUUGAACAAACAAUCCACACUAUGCAAAGAGUACCUACCCACACCCCAAAUCUUCAGAAGAAACAAUUCAAUCCAGUAUAAAAAACCACUAGGCCUCUCCAAAGUUAUCUUCCAUACCUUCUACCAACUAUACCUCGCGUAAUCCCCUUAAACAUUACGCUUUCUCCCUCUCCUAAUACCACUGCAACAAGUUCACAUCCAUGCCCGUAACUCAACUAUAACAAGAAUCCCAAAAACAUCUCUACAAGCUUUAGCGUUUAUAAAGAUUACUCAAGGCUACGCUAGCCCUUUCCUUCUCUCCUCUCUUUUUACGUAAAACCUAGCUUUAUUACUGUAACCUUUUUAAAUGUAAUUGUUUCUGCUCAACGUCAUCUCCGCGCGCUCCUCUCUAGCCUUCUAGUUCGCUUACAUAAUCUAACGUUAGUCUCUCUCUCUCUUUUUCUAUUGUUCAAUCUAGAGGAUCUCUAC